AUGACGGAAUCGUUUAAGGUAGUCAGCUCAACCCUGCUUGACAAGAUAGAUCGACUUUUCGCAUGCAAUGUCGGUGAUUCCGUCGCCCUGCCUCACAUUGUGGUGGUCGGAGACCAAUCGAGUGGGAAAAGCUCUGUUUUGGAAGGCUUGACGGGAUUGCCAUUUCCACGAGAUAGUGGAUUAUGCACUCUUUUUGCGACCCAAAUAACCUUUCGAAGAUCUCAAGAUUCAAAUAUCAACGUCUCAAUCAUACCUGCAAAGAAUAGCUGCCCGCAGGAUAGGGAGAAAUUACAAGGAUGGAAGAAGUCCGGACUAAAGUCUUUCGACCCGCAGACGUUCGCAGACAUCAUGGCAGAGGUGGUUAUAGUGAUGGGCGUUCGUUCCACCCAACGAGAACCUCAAAAAACCUUCUCCAACGAUGUUCUGCGGCUGGAAAUUACAGGUCCAAAUCAAGAGCAUUUCAGUGUCAUCGAUGUGCCUGGUAUCUUCAGGCGGACGACUCACGGUCUGACAACCAAAGAGGACACGGCAAUGGUCACUGACAUGAUCCUCGAGGAAGCAGAGGACAUCGACCCCGAAAGCAUCCGAACUUUCGGCAUCCUAACGAAACCUAGUCUGGUAGACAAAGGUAGCGAAGGUGCCAUUAUCAGCUUGGUCGAAGGUAGAACGCACCAGCUACGACUGGGGUGGCACUUGCUUCGAAAUCCAGGGCAAGCGGAGUUGAAUUCAGCCCUGCGAGAGCAAAAUGAGUGUGAGAUGGAGUUUUUCGCUAAGGUGCACCCAUGGAGUACGUUGGACGAGGGUAAGGUGGAAAUAGUCUCUCUACGCUCUCGGCUCCAGGAAGUUCUGGAAGAGCAUAUUCGCCGGGAAUUUCCUAAGGUGAAAGCCGAGAUAUCCCAGAAGCUGAAGAAAACUGAGUUCAACCUGCGAUCUUUAGGUCCGAAGCGCUAA